AUGGGUUUGAGUGUUUCUAAACUCUUUAUUUCUCCUCCUUUAAAACAAGAGGAGGAUUCGAUCAUUGAAGAAACAAAAAUUAACAACGCUGAAAACGUUGAAGACGAGCCUUUGUUAAAACCAAACCCCCGAAGAUUCGUUUUAUUCCCUAUCCAAUAUCAUGACAUCUGGCAAAUGUAUAAGAAGGCAGAAGCCUCAUUUUGGACUGUCGAAGAAGUCGACCUCUCAAAAGAUAUGAAUGACUGGGAAUAUAGACUUAAUGACGAUGAAAGAUAUUUUAUCUCUCAUGUUUUGGCAUUCUUCGCCGCUUCCGACGGUAUUGUUAACGAGAAUUUAGUUGAACGUUUUAGCAACGAAGUUCAAAUUCCAGAAGCAAGAUGUUUUUACGGAUUUCAAAUCAUGAUCGAAAAUAUCCAUUCAGAAAUGUAUUCACUUUUGAUUGAUACUUAUAUCAAAGAUCCAGCACAAAGAGAUUAUUUAUUUGAUGCUAUUGAAACUACAGAAUGGGCCCUCAGAUGGAUUUCAGACCAAAAAUCGUCAUUUGCUGAACGUUUAAUCGCAUUUGCCGCCGUGGAAGGAAUUUUCUUUUCUGGCGCUUUUGCAUCAAUCUUCUGGCUCAAGAAACGAGGAAUGAUGCCGGGAUUAACUUUCUCUAACGAGUUAAUAUCCCGUGACGAAGGACUUCAUUGCGAUUUUGCUUGCCUACUUUUCACCCAUUUACAUAAUCGACCAUCAACACAAACUGUUGAAGCGAUCAUUACUGAAGCUGUAAAGAUCGAACAAGAAUUCUUAACCGAAGCUUUACCUACCGCUUACUGGUAG